AUGGUCACCACAACAACCCACCUCCUAUUCGCCCUCCUGGCCGCCAGCCGCACAGUAUAUGGCCAUGGCGCAAUCGUCAACGCCGUCGGCGACCAGGGUGGCUCCGGCAUGGCUCUCGGCGUCGACCCGAACACUCCCCGCGACGGCACCGGUCGCAACCCAUUCCAGCAGGACAGCACGCGCUUCCGUGGCGACGCCGCCGAGUCGUUCGGCGAGACCUUGGGUCAAGGCGACAACCAGCCCGAGGCUGGGACUCAGACCAUCAUGGACUUGACCGGCGACCAACUUCCUCAGGUCAAUGCUGAUGGUGCCGGACCCUUCACUUGCAUGAUCAACAGUGAUGGUACUGGUCAGCAGUGGACUCCUAUUCAGGUCAGCCAGCAGGUUCCGGGUAACCAGCGUGGACGUAAUCGGGAUGGUGAGGAGACUGACUUUCCUCUCACUGCUGAGAUUCCUGCUGGUCAGGAAUGUACUGGGAAUGUUGCCGGUCAGGACAAUCUGUGCAUGGUGAGAUGCGAGAACCCUGCGAAUGCCGGUCCCUUCGGUGGCGUCGUUCCUGUUCAGAUGGCCCAACCUGCUGCAGUCGCAGCUACAGCCAACACCAACAAUGCGGCCAGCAACGCCACUGUGAAUGCCAAUGGUGGGAAUUCUACUGUCGCUGCCAAGUACAAGCGUCAGAUCCCAGCUGACGAGCCCGACUGUGACGACGACGAGGAAGCCGAGUUCGACACCGUGGCACCUAUUGCCACGGUUCUACCGCGCUCUGCGUCUGUGGUCGCAGCUGAGGCGUGGUCCAACAUGAAGCUCAAGCGCUCUGCUCGUGGUGGCUGGGUCUUGUAG